GAGAAAAACAAACGAAUAAUUGUAAUUGUCGUAACAAGCACAAACAAGCUGUUUAUCCACACGAAGUUCAAAAUUGUACAUUCGACAAUGUGUGCCUGACACGCCGUCAACGAUACCCCUUCUUUAUCCGCUAUCUAAAAAUAUCGCGAGAAUGGCUAUCGCUUAAUUUCUCUCGUGUGGGAGCAAUUAUAUCGUUAAGGAUACGACGAAUUCAUGAAGCACGUAUUUUAAGCCACUCCUGCGUCUGUUGCUUUUAAGAUGACGCGAGUGCCGCUAAAGAGCUUGGUCGAAUUUCAGAGCAUGACGACAAUAUCCGCGAAAUUACGCGUACGAAAAACGGACGUGACGGACGGAGAAUGUAGUUUAUUAUCGUCGCCCCAAUCAAGACAAUUACCAAGUGCGACGCAUCUACUUUCGCGGUAAUGCGGUCAUUAACCAGGGCUCUCACAUGUUAACAAUACAUUAAACGUGAAAAACCAGACUUCCCGAUGCGCUAUUUUUGGCGAGAAAACUAUUAUUUUCGAUAAAGGAAGAAGUAUCUGGCUCUUCGGGUGACAUUAUUUUUUUUUAACGAUAACUAAAUCGCUAAGAGUCGAGGAUACAUAUAUAAAUUAAUUGUCGAAAUAAUGUAAUCGAACCGUAAAAUUAGAAUAUAAAUAAAAUUACAAAAUAAAAAUGAGGAAUAUAGAACACGCUCAAUGCCGGAGUAAAUCUCACGCGACGCGUUGAUAUUAAUAAGUUUGAAUGAUUUUUUUGAGAAUUUGAAAGGAUCGCGUUGUAAAAUAAUAAUAGCGAUGCCACCGAGACAGAUUGAUCUAAACUUCGAGUUCUAUAUUGCCAUGACAUUUUAUUAGCGAGUAUCAAUGGCAACAAUCGAGACGGCCGUUGAAGGAGAUAAGACUUUGUUCCUGCUGGCCUGGUUUUACUUUUGCGAACAAUCCCGGGCAAUUCUGCGACUAUGUUCGCUAUUUUCGCGUUACACAGGGUGUCCCACGUAGAACGAACUAUUUCGAGGACUCAAUGAAAUGUAAAUUUCAUUAUCUUUUUUACGCGUUUACUAUUGAGCUGAAUUUCGUGAUAAGAUUCAUAUUCGUUUAAAUAGAGAUGUUUUGGAAAAAUUUCAGGUAGUUUCAAUUUUUCUAUAUUAAUUGAUCAUUGUUCUGCUGGGUAACAACUUGUUUUGUAAAGCGAUAAAUUAUAUUUAUAUUGUCAUAAGCAAUUAUUCAUACAUAAAUAUUAGACUCAAAAUAUAUAAUUUAAAAUAUAUAAUAAAUCAGAACUAAGUAAACAGAAUUAUAUUAUCUGUUCCAUUAAACAAUUUUAUUACAGUAAACUGCUUCAAUUCGAGCUCUACAGAGAGGCAAUAGCUUUUUUCUGCAUUAAAGAAAGGCCAGAACUUUUUAUAAACAAUUUUUUUCUCUAAAAGAGGUACAUAAAAAGCAAAAAAAUGUUGUGUGUGUCCUGAAGUCUAAGAAUCUUUUUUACAGGUACAAAAAGAGAAGUCACCCGAGAAAAAGUCUUGCCAUAGAGCCCAAAUAAAAGCUUAUCAAUAAUAAAAUUGUUGAUAGAUGAACAGAUAACGAAAAAAUUCUGUCCACCGAGUUCUAAUUUAUUAUAUAUUUCGAAUAUAAUUGAAUGAGAUAUAUAAUACUUUGUUACAGUGUUGUUGACCACCAGUAUGUUUAAGGGACAAACAGGCAAAGACAGAAACCAUGCGUUAAAGAAGAAGAAAUGUGCUUCCAAUGUGCUAAAAAGGUGGUGCUGUUCAGUGAGGAAUGUCCGGAAAUUAGUCCGACUGCGAUUGCCGAGGGGGAAAAAGAAAAGCGAGAAACUGAGAAAUCGGACGAAAUUCAGAACGCGAGUCUCCAGAACGAAAAUCCCAUUAACAUAUAUUCCUGGAGAAGGCCAAUUUCAAGGAUGAAACUAACUGGAUUAAAGUCGCUGAUGUGUCUUUUGACAAUGUUAUUGCUUAUAGUGACCGCUUCCGGAUAUCCUGCUGGCAAUAGUGAUGCAGCGAUUGAAAACAUGAGGCAGAUCCCUCAGUGGCAUUGUCUACGUUAUAGAAAGUUCCAUUAUGUCCGUCGUUGCCGGCACUACCGUUUAGGAAGGAGACACUGACAAGUGGACGUUCGAGAUGAUCUACGAAUGGCAGCAAUGCUUUACAAGAAAAUACAUCGUCCUGUCUUUCAUAAUAUGCCAUAUCAAGUCCUAAAACGUAUUUAAGUUAUGUUAUUGUAGUGGACUACGCGAUAUUCAGAAAUGUAUUUACGUUAAAAGAUAAUAACGUUUUGUAGUAGAAUGUGGUUGAUUCAGAGAUCCACAUUAAGUGUGUCUGAUAAUUAUGACAAAAAUAACGUACAUAUUGUUAUUUCACUUGUAAAAUAUUUGUUUCACUUGUAUGUCACGUAUAUGUUUCGGAAUUCUGUAAAAUUUACCUUUUGCUUUUCUCUUCCUCCUUUCAUUUUAUAAUUGUACAAAUUAUAAUUUGUGACUGAAGCAAUUUUGUGCUAUGUCUUACCGAAAAUAUGCAUAAAUAGUUAUGUUGAAUCCAUUAUGCUGGAUCUAUUAUUUCGUAUUAUCUGCCAAAUAUCUCCUUUUAUAUUUAUUCUAGUUCAGAGAGAGAGAGAGAGAGAGAGAGAGAGAGAGAGAGANUCACAUCUAAAUUUGCAAAUUAUCCCCGUGCACCUAUUUAAUGCAAAUUUGAUCUCAUGUAUAAUGGAAUCUACGUUCUCUAAUAACACAAACAACUUUUUGUUAUAUAAUUAAUAUUAUUAAUAUAAUUAUUUCUUGUGCAAAAAUUGAUAUUACUGGUAAAUAAAUGUGAGAAGAACAUACUGAGAGUCCUAGAAGUCGCAAAUUUAAACUGAAAUCACAUCGCAUGAAAUUUCAAUUCUGAUUGCAAUUUUGCUAAGACCGUAUCGGACUUAAGUACCUAAAUACUUAUGAUUUGGUAAAAUUUAUUCCGAAUCCAGAAAAUGAGCAACGAACACGAAGUGCGCGACUCGUAGGAAUCUUCUGCAUACUUUAAAACUCGAAGUU